AUGAUCUUCACAUCGACCUCGGAGCCCGUGCAGGAGUUCCCCGACGAUCUCGACGUAUACGGAUGCAUGUACGAGUACUUCCCGCCAACCCGACCCGAUUUACGCAAUACCGGUCUUCCCCUCCUCAUCGAUGAAGAGACAGAACAACAAUGGACGUUCGAACAAGCCAAAGAAAACACGGAUCUCCUCUCUGUCGCUCUCCACGCAAGAUGCGGUAUCCGCCCGGACACUCGAGCAGGUGUCUACGCGACCAACAGCAUUUACUUCCCCAUCGCUGUCUGGGCCACACACCGUCUCGGGGCCACCGUCUCUCCCGCCAACCCAGCGUUCCUAGCCAAAGAGCUAAGCUUCCAGCUGGAAGCGUCUGACUCAAAGCUUCUGUUUGUCAGCGAAGACGAGGUGUCGCUCAAGAACGGCUUCGAGGCGGCGAAGCUUGCCAACAUACCGAGGGAUCGUGUGGUUGUUGUUCAGGAGCCUAUCACGGUGCAGAAGUUCUCGGAGUCGAACUACGGCCGGAUCCAGCGCAAGACGAAAGGAGCGUGGACGCUGGCAGGGCUGAUAGAGGAGGGGAGGGAAAUCGUCAAGGCUCAGGGGCAGGAGAUCCUUACUUCAACUCGACACACGCUUCGACCGGGUGAGGCAAAGACAAAGAUUGCAUUCCUGUCGUUUUCGUCCGGCACUACGGGGCUACCAAAGGGUGUGGCGAUUCAGCACUAUGCUGUCACAUCAAACGCGCUCCAGACAAUGGCGCACAAUCGCGUCGGCAACACGAUCGGUGCCCCCGGCCGCUUCUGCCCCGGCAAAGACGUCUCGCUCGGCGUCCUGCCGCAGGUGCACAUCUUCGGCUUGUCGACCUGCACCCACUUUGUGUUUUUCGCCGGAAUCGCCAACCUGGUCAUGUCCAAGUUCCGCGGCAUCGAAGCCAUGAUCAAGACCAUCAUCAAGUACCGUAUCAGCGUGUGGUGGCUGGUGCCUCCGCAAUUGGUGCUGUUCUGUAAAGACCCAUGCGUGCCAGGGUAUCUAGACGAGCUGCGCAAAGUGGCACGCUUCGCUAUGGUCGGAGCUGCACCCUUGUCGGACGAUCUCAGCCGCCAGUUCACGAAGAGGUUCCCCGACCUCGAUUGGGGUCAGGGAUCAGGAAUGACAGAGACGUGCUCGGUGACGACGAUGUUCCCCGUCGGAGAGGCUGCGGUGAUGGGUUCAGCGGGGCGGCUCAUCUCCAACACCGAGGCAAAAGUCGUUGACUCGCAGGGCAAGGAAGUAGGCUACGAUGAGCUCGGAGAACUCUGGCUGCGUGGCCCACAGGUCACACUCGGCUACACCAACAACGAGCAGGCUACCAAAGAGACGUACUUGCCAGGUGGAUGGCUGCGCACGGGCGACGAGGUCAAGAUCACGCCUCAGGGCGACGUGUUCUUCAUCGACAGGCUCAAGGAGCUCAUCAAGGUCAAAGGAUUUCAAGUCGCACCCGCCGAGCUGGAGGGGUUCUUGUUGGACCACCCGGAUGUCUCGGACUGCGGCGUGAUCGGUGUGCAGGAUGAAGCGGCUGGUGAACUGCCCUUCGCCUUUGUCGCCCUAUCGCAAGACGCAAAGAAGAGAACCGCUUCGGCGGGGAAACAGGAAGAGGACAACAUCAAACAGUCGAUCCUCAAGUUCGUCGCUGACAACAAGGUCCGCUACAAACACCUUUGCGGUGUCGCAUUCAUCGACGUGAUCCCAAAGACGGCAUCAGGCAAAAUCCUCCGUCGCGAAAUGCGCGAGAUGGCCAAAAAGCUGCCUGCAGAAGCCUUCCAAGAAAAACGCAAAAUCACCGCAAAGCUCUAA